UGUCACAUCAGGAGCUGCUGCACAGAUUUAGCUUUUUCUGUGAUGACCGCGAUAAGUAAAGAGGCAACUUUUAAACGGUGUCUCAUCAGGAGCCAUAACCACCACCCACCUAGAUUUCAAAGUUUUUAUCUAAUAUCCAAUUAAUUUAUUGUUGCAAUGCCCCGUGUAAACUUCGCCUGCCUCCCCGUCGUUGUGCUCCUCUUGUUCCUGUCCUGCUGCGGUCCAGCCCGGGGAUAUUUUGCGGAGGAGCGCUGGAGCCCCGAGUCCCCGCUUCUCGCUCCCCGGGUCCUCCUCGCCCUCAUCUGCAGAAACUCCGAACACUCUUUGCCGUAUUUCCUCGGUACCAUUGAGCGCCUCAACUAUCCUAAGGAGCGUAUGGCUCUGUGGGUAGCGACUGAUCAUAACAAGGACAACACCACAGCCAUUCUGCGUGAUUGGCUUGUCAAGGUGCAGAACCUUUACCAUUACGUGGAAUGGAGGCCAAAAGAGGAACCCAGACAUUAUGAGGAUGAAGAUGGUCCUAAACAUUGGACAGACCUUCGCUAUGAGCACGUUAUGAAGCUUCGCCAAGUAGCACUGGAGUCAGCUCGUGAGAUGUGGGCGGACUACUUUAUGUUGGCAGACUGUGAUAACCUCCUCACCAAUCCUGAUGUGCUCUGGAAGCUCAUGAAAGAGAACAAGACCAUUAUUGCACCAAUGCUUGAAUCCCGUGCAGCCUAUUCAAACUUCUGGUGUGGAAUGACCUCACAGGGUUACUAUAAGCGCACCCCUGCCUACAUACCCAUAAGGAAGCAGGUGCGUAAGGGCUGUUUUGCUGUACCCAUGGUCCACUCCACCUUCCUGAUAGACCUCAGGAAAGAGGCAUCCAGACAGCUGGCCUUUCACCCACCACGCCCAGAUUACAGCUGGCCUUUUGAUGACAUCAUUGUGUUUGCCUUCUCUGCUCGGAUGGCAGAUGUUCAAAUGUUUGUAUGUAACAAAGAGACCUAUGGUUACUUCCCUGUGCCACUUCGAUCUCAUAAUACUUUGCGAGAUGAAGCUGACAGUUUCUUGCACUCCCUGCUGGAGGUUUAUGUGCGAAAAACCCCAGUGAUGCCUUCCAAAUACAUACGUGUUCCUAGAAAACAACCCGACAAAAUGGGCUUUGAUGAGGUGUUCAUGAUAAACCUGCAGAGGCGGACUGACCGGCGAGAUCGCAUGCUGAGGGCACUGUACGAGCAGGAGAUUGCUUGUAAGGUCAUUGCAGCUGUAGAUGGAAAAGCAAUGAAUGUCAGUGAAAUUCAUGCAUUGGGCAUCCAUAUGCUCCCUGGAUACAGUGACCCCUAUCAUGGUCGCCCACUGACAAAAGGAGAGCUGGGAUGCUUCCUUUCUCACCAUAAAAUCUGGAAAGAGAUUGUGAAGCGACGCCUGCGCAUCUCUCUGGUGAUUGAAGAUGACCUGCGAUUUGAGGUUUUCUUCAAACGUCGCUUGAUGAACUUGAUGAGUGAAGUGGAGGAAGAGGGACUGGACUGGGACCUCAUUUAUAUCGGUCGGAAGAGAAUGCAAGUGGAUCACCCAGAGAAAGCAGUGCCUAAUAUACACAACCUAGUGGAAGCAGACUAUUCAUAUUGGACGCUAGGUUAUAUGAUAUCAUUACAAGGAGCUGAGAAGCUUCUGAAAGCGGAACCACUAAAAAAGAUUUUGCCAGUGGAUGAGUUUCUUCCUAUCAUGUACAAUAAACACCCUGUGUCUGAUUAUAUGGAACAGUUUGAAACCAGGGACCUGAAGGCAUUUUCUGCUGAGCCACUUCUAGUGUAUCCAACACACUACACGGGCGACCCAGGCUACAUCAGCGACACUGAGACCUCCACAGUGUGGGACAAUGACAAGGUCCGCACAGACUGGGACAGAACGCGCUCAGGAAAAACCCGGGAGCAGGCUAAGAUCAGCACUGAGGCCCAGAACUCAGACGUGUUGCAGUCGCCAUUGGACAGCACAGCACGGGAUGAGCUAUGAGAGGAAGUGAAUAAGAGCCUUGGAAAAAAAAAUCAGAGGUGCUUAGAGCAAACCACCUUAGUUUUUUAAUCAUGUUUCAUCUUUGAUGCUUUUAAUUUUGCAUCACAACAGGGAUGUGACAUCAGAGUUCAUAGAAAGAUCUAAUUUAUCCAGAUGAGACAAGGUAAAAAGGGAUCAGGUGUGUCUUACGUUUACUGUCCAUUUGUAGUUUUUACUUUAUAAAGGCACUAGACUUGCCAUGUGGAAUGGCAUUUGCAGUACCCACCCUCUGUCUGUCAUACAGAAAUGAACCUAUGUAUUAGCAAAGAAUGCAAUCAGACUGUUAUAAUUCAGUCAUGUGGCAGUUAACUUUAUCCUAAUUUGACAUUACACCAUGAAAUUCUUUUUAGACUACAAAUUAAUUAGGCAUCAACCAAACUUUAUGUCACUGAGCAAAAUCAAGACUUCGUUGAAGUAUUCAUAUUAAAUCAUUUCAUUAAAUCAA